UCAACUCUCCCACUUACAAUCCACACCCUUUCAGAAACGCAAGAGCCACCAAACAUGGCAGAAGAACCUCCAACACCAAGCUCCAUCGAUCCUUACAAGCAACUCAGAAUCACUCUCAACCCAGACGGUACGCUCACCCGAGUCAACAUCUUCCCUAACUCGCCGCCGACCGGUGAAGAAUCCGGUUCGGACUCACCUGACUCGGUCCUCUCCAAAGACAUUCCUCUCAAUGCCACCACCAACACCUGGCUCCGCUUAUUCUUCCCCACCGCCUCCUCCACCGGUCGCGGUGCACUCCCUCUCAUUAUUUGCUUCCAUGGUGGAGGUUUCAUUCUCUUCAGCGCCGCUUCUCGGCCUUUCCACCUGUCAUGUUGUCAUAUGGCCCGUGAAUUCCCCGCAGUGAUCGCUUCCGUAGAAUAUCGUCUCGCACCCGAACACCGUCUCCCUGCGGCCUACGACGAUGCGGUGGAAGCGAUCCAGUGGGUCCAAGCACAGGCAUUGGACAGAUCCAAUGGUGAGCCGUGGCUGAGGGACCACGUGGAUUUCAAUUCGUGUUAUCUUAUGGGGAGUAGCUCCGGUGGAAACAUUGUCUACCAGGCGGCAUUGAGGACCGUUGGAUUAGAUCUUGAACCGGUGGAGAUCCAAGGGUUUAUAUUGAACCAGCCGUACUUCGGAGGGUUGGAGAGGACUGGAUCAGAGCUGAGGCUGAAGGAUGACAAGAUCCUAUCGCUGCCGUCCAAUGACUUGAUGUGGGAGCUUGCAUUACCGGUUGGGUCUGAUCGGAAUCAUGAGUAUUGUAACCCAAUGUUGGGACGGUUGGACCGGGUGGGCGAGGAUGGGUUGCUGAGUCUGAGAGGGAAGAAGUGGUUGGUUAGGGGUUAUGGUGGGGACCCGUUGGUAGACCGGCAAAGGGUGUUUGUUGAGAUGUUGGAGAAGAGUGGGAUGACUGUUGUGGCUUGGUUCGAUGAGACCGGUUUUCAUGCGGUUGAGCUGUUUGACCCUGCAAAAGCUCAGACACUGUUGGACCAUGUUAAAGAGUUCGUUUACUCAUCCGGAAGAACAAUUGGUGAUUCUUCUGCUGUUGAUUCCAAAAAGUCAGCUAUUUAA